UUCGUUUCAGUUUAUGUAUGGGGGCGGGUCUCUUUUUUCAAACCUCAAGUACUGCGUUUUGAGUUUUGACCCUCCGUUUCUCAAAAAAAGAACUUUUCAAUUAUGGCAAGUGAUAUCUUAAAAUCUGUCACAGAUAUAGCUGAAGAAGCCACAAGUGCAGCCACUAGUGCUCUCUCAAAAUCUCCAAUUGCGGGUUUGGCUGAAGAAGCCGUAGCUGAUCUCUCAAAAACUGCAACAAGUGCUGCAGAAGGCGUGUUGGGCAUUGGAGGGGAUAUUGCACAGAAAACUAUCGACCGCUUACUUGGUAAUAAGGAGGAAGACAGUCUGAAGUAUUUGCAAUUUGUGCAACUGGCUGCAAUUUUUGCCGUGUUUUCCCUCUCAAAGCUCAACGAUUAUGUCAAGAACAAUUCUGGUCCACUGAAGCCUGCUAUCCAGACUAUUGAGUCUACGGUUAAGACCGUGGUUACACCUAUCUAUCCUACGUUUGAGGAUGUUUUCAAUAAGGUUCUCAAGUUUGCAGACAACCAGAUUGAUGCAGCUGUCACUGUUCUUAAUCCCUAUAUUCCCACAGCUGUCAAGAAUCUGUAUACCCAGCUUCAUUUAUUAGUUGGUGUUUUGGCUUUGGCAUUUCGAAUUUAUAGCAAGAUAAGUGCUUCUGGUUUGGGAGACCCUUUGGCAGCCCUCGAGAAAAUUAUUAAUUUGCUUGGAAUUUAGGUGCCACGUUCUGCGCCAAUUGCUUCCAACUGAGCAAGACGAUGAUGCGCUCAAGAAUGCAUGUUGGAUUUGAUUAUAUAUGUAUUGUGAGCUUUUUCAGUGUACUUCUCCUAUGUGUUCAGACUAUGUUUUCAGUCGUGAGUUAUGAAUGUUCAUAAUGAGAAUAAAUGGCCAAUAGAAUUAUUGGCCGAUAUCUAAUUAUGUAUAAA